AUGGUCAACUUGAGCCUGUCUACCAAGUAUCGGAUGAACUCCGGACACGAGAUUCCGGUCUUGGGCUUUGGUUCCUAUCUGAUUUCCAAUUCGCAAAUACCAACAGUUCUCCAGGGGGCUUUCAAUGCCGGUUAUCGACAUAUCGAUUCCGCCGUGAUGUAUCGUAACGAAAAAGGCUGUGGCCUAGCAAUCAAGGACUCCGGCAUCGACCGAUCAGAGAUCUUCUACACGACCAAGAUCCUCCCCAGUGCCAUGGGACACCGGAGAACAGCGAAGCAAGUUGAUGACUGCUUGCGGGAAUCCGAAUUGGAUUAUAUCGAUUUGAUCCUAAUUCACGCACCCUACGGCGGCAAAGAAGCUCGACUUGGAUCCUGGCGCGCAUUGACGGAAGCCCAGCAAGCAGGCAAGGUAAAGUCGAUCGGAGUCUCAAACUACGGAAUCCACCAUCUCGAGGAACUCCAGGAAUAUAUCGACAGCACUGGGGGCAGCAAGAUCGACGUUGGACAGUAUGAGAUUCAUCCGUGGUGCGACCGCCGGAAUAUCAUCGAUUGGUUAAAGAAACACAACAUCGUUGUCGAAGCGUACAGUCCGUUGGCGCAUGGGUCUAGGUUCAAUGAGAGUAUUCUGAAGACACUCGGAAAGAAGUAUAACAAGUCGCCAGCUCAGAUUAUGAUCCGAUGGGUGUUGCAGAACGGCAUCGUACCUCUUCCAAAAUCCUCGAGCGCAGAGCGCAUUAAGGGUAACGCUGAUGUCUUUGAUUUUGAAUUAUCGGAGGAUGAAGUCAAUAUGCUUCACACAGGAGAGUACUCUCCUACCGACUGGGAUCCUACACUUGACUAUGAUUAG